AUUUAUUGCAAUGUCCGAGAAAUUGAAACCCAACCAAAUGAGAGAGAGAGAGAGAGAAAUCAGAGGAGGAGAGAGAGCCAGUGAUCUUGGAAACCCAUGUGCUUGACUGCUUGUUGUCCCUAAUCCCUCUUUGACGGAAUCUCCAAUUUCUUUGCAAGAACAGGAGAGAGAGAGAGAGAGAGAGAGAGAGAGAGAAGAAUACCCAAUUCUGCCGUGUGUGUGUUCACACUUCAUCCAUCAUCUGCUGCUCCCUCUCACUCCUCUGGGCUUCAUUUCCAGAACAGGAACUGUCCUAGUUCCUUUCAGUGUCUCCUUAUGGAGUAUGUAUAGGUGUAUAUGUAGAGAGAGAGAGAGAGAGAGAGAGAGAGAGAGAGAGUGAGAGUUGAGGUGAAAUGGGCAUUUUGUAUGAAGAUGUGGUGAUAAUAAAAGAAGCUGAGAAGGAAGGGGAUCCAACCGUAAUUACAGUAAAUUGCCCUGACAAGACUGGACUGGGUUGUGAUUUGUGCAGGAUCAUUUUGCUGUUUGGAUUGAGCAUUUCCAGAGGAGAUGUUUCAACAGAUGGCAAAUGGUGUUACUUGGUUUUCUGGGUUGUUGGAAGGCCAACAACAAGGUGGGACUUAUUAAAGAAUAGGCUGUUGGAGGUAUGCCCCAUGUUUUCGCCUGCCGCCUCGGAAAUCUACUAUUACAGACCAGAAUUUCAGCAGCCCAAACCACAAGAUAUGUUCCUAUUGAAGUUCUGGUGUUACUUUGAUCGGAAAGGCCUCUUGCAUGAUGUAACCAAGGUUUUGUGUGAGCUUGAGCUUACGAUAAAACGAGUUAAGGUAUCAACAGCACCAGAUGGGAGAGUUAUGGAUCUCUUCUUUGUGACAGACACCAGAGAACAGCUUCAUACUAAGGAGAGACAGGAGGAAACUAUAGGACAUUUGAGAGCUGUACUAAGGGACGCCAUGACAAGUUGCGAGAUUGAACUAGCUGGCCCACAAAUUACUGCUUGUUCACAAGGGUCUUCGUUUCUUCCCUCAGCAAUUACCCAAGACAUGUUCUGCUUAGAGCUGCCCAGCAAACAGACAAAUGGUUUCCUCGCAUCCAACCUUGUAUCUGUCACAGUGGAUAACUUCCUCAGCCCCUCUCACACCCUUGUUCAAAUCUUCUGCCAAGAUCACAAAGGUCUCGUUUACGACAUCAUGAGAACCCUAAAGGAUUACAAUAUUCAGAUUUCUUACGGAAGAUUCUUCGCAAAUCCAAAGGAAAACUGUGAGCUGGAUUUGUUUGUAAUGCAAGUGGAUGGGAAAAAGAUAUUGGACCCUGAGAAGCAAAACGCAUUAUGCUCUCGUUUGAGAAUGGAGCUUGUCCGUCCUCUCAGAGUCGAUGUACUGAGUCGCGGCCCUGACACAGAGCUACUUGUAGCGAAUCCCGUCGAGUUAUCUGGCCGGGGAAGGCCACUCGUUUUCCAUGAUAUUACCCUUGCUCUCAAGAUUCUUGACAUACGCAUCUUUUCGGUGGAGAUAGCGAGACACCGGAUUCACGAUCGGGAAUGGGAAGUUUACAGGAUCUUACUUGAUGAUGGGGAUGGUUUACCUUUGGCCAGGAAUGAGAUCAAAGAUUGUGUGAGAAAGAAGUUGAUGGGUUGGGAAUGAGUUAUCUAUCUACAAUCCAACUACUACUAUUAGCUAGGAGUUUGUCUAUCACUGUACAUUGCAGUAUUUUACACAUCUUUUUCUUCUUCUUUCUUUCCCUUUUUUCCAACCCACUUGAGUCUCUACUGCUGCUGCGUAGCUAUUAACUGUAAAUUAUCCUCUGCUUAACACAGUUUAGGAACUACUGUUUAUUACAAAGCUUAACUACUAGUACUACCAA